CGCCGCGAAGGAGGAAAUUUCGGGGCAUGUCCAGAUCAUUUGAUGGCUAUGCCCGCCAUUGGAUUUUAAACUCCCGACAGAGCCACGGCGAUUGCGGGUUUGCCCGCCGCUAGUUGCGAGUCCAGAACGUCCUUGCAGCCAAGUUCAGACAAUACAGAGAGCGAUAGAAGAGGCAAACAGAACAAAACACAACAAAAUGUCCGAGCUGGAUCCCAACCCGGCCGUCCUCCCCCCGACGCCGGCCAUUCUGCCCCGACUGUGCACACCUCAGUUGCUACUUCGGCGAGUUGAGCCGGUGUCAAUAUCGACGUGGAGACGCCGUGCAGAGUCCCCGUGUCCUCUAAACUACAAGGCCGUGGCAUGGAACCGAAGGGAGAUGCGAGACACAAUGCCGACCGCUCGAGCCCGGUCGAGCCAACCAGCGGCCGUCACACCCGCCGGUCUGUGUGAUAUGCUUGAUGGCCUGUCCUCGGCGGCUAAUAUUCUCGGCAGGUAA